AUGCUGGACGCGGGCGGGGCGGACGCGGGCGCGCGCGCGCCUCGAAUCUCCCUGCGCGCGCUCGACGACGGCGACGCGCGGGAGGUCGAGCGCCUCGGUCGAGCGCUCGUGGGUGAUUUAGGAUGGUUCGAGCUCGAUUGUCGAGGGGCUCGGUGGGGCACGAACGUGCUCGAGCGCGCGUACGAGGCGUCGAAGGCGUUCUUUAAUCUGAGCGAUGCGACGAAGUCGACGUACGUGCACACGCAGUACGCGAACGAGAGCGGCGGGUACGUGCCGAUGUUCGAGGAGUACGCCUAUCGCGCCGAGACGGCGGCGAGACUGGAAUCGUUCGAUGUCGCGAGGGAAAUAGAGAGCGCGGAGGCGCGAGAGGGCGUGCGGGUAGAGAGAGGGAGGGAAAAAUCGGUGGGCCUAGGACCGGUGGAUUGGCCGGUGGAGGUACCGGAGAUGCGAACGGCGUUACGGGAUUUCCGGCUCGCGUGCGACGAGACGGCAAAAAUACUUCUUCGCUCGUUCGCGCUCGCGCUGAAGAUGGACGACGAGGAUGUAUUCCUCAGAGAAUUUGGUGAUUAUGCGCACUGUUUCAUGCGAGUGAUGCGGUACCCCGCUGAAGAAGCAUCAACGUCCACGUCAACAGUUUGCGCUGACGACUCCAAGAGACGCGCCACGAAGCGCCAUCGACGAGACGGAAAAGUUGAGAUUGUCGGCAUUGCCGAGCACACCGAUUUUGAAUUUUUCACUCUUUUGCAUCAAACGUGCGAGGGGUUGGAAUUGCGCGCGAGGAAGGACGGCGCGUGGCAUUUAGCGGCGGCUUACGGCGAAAAGCAUGAGGCGAUUUUCACGGUGAUCCUUGCGGACGCCUUUGAAAUACUCACAAACGGUGUCGUCCGGGCGACGCCGCAUCGCGUACGACCAUCUAGCGUUAAAGAUAGAUACUCGCUCGUUCGGUUCAAUGGAUUGAACCACGACGCGAAGAUAGCGCCAUUGCCGUGUUUUGGCGAGCCCAAGUUUGCGCCCAGAACGCAGGGCGAUCACGUCGGUGAGCAAGUCUCCAGGGCGGCGGAUAAUUUGGGACAAAUGCUGCAGAACGGGACUUUCCCGAAAUCAACGCUCACUGAACCGCCGAAGCGUUUCGCACAGAUGAUUGUCUUGGAUGUCGUCAAUAGACGAGUGCUAUUGGGUAAACAUCUGCGGGGUGAGUUCGAGAAUCGUUACACCGGUUUCAUCGCUUCAGUAAAUCACGAAGAGGAACUCACACCAAUCGAUGUCGCGAGAACGACUGCGCUGUUGGGUGCGGGUCUGAAUCCUUUGGCGUGCGAUGCACUCACGGGAUCUGACCUCGUGGAAGUUGGACGCUUCGUCUUUCGCGGGUGGAUAGACAACGCCGUCGCUAUCGAGCACGAGUUCGUCGCGGCGUUUCGUCGCGAGAGUGACUUGCGAGAACUCUUCGCCUCAACGGAGCUGACUUCUGACGUCGCGGUAACGUACCACUGGUUUGAUUUAGAUCAAAUUCCAUACGAUGAAAUGCCCGAGGACGAUGCGGUGUGGUAUCCUUGCUGUCUCGCUCGUUGGGUGGAGGAGGGCGCAGCCGAGGGAAUCAAGCCGAGGGAAUCAACGCAACUUCACAUUGGUCACUUCGAAUUCGAUCGAGACACCGGCGAAAUGACCGGUAGUGAAAUUCGUAAAGUGACUUACGUGCAGCCAACUUUCGUGGCUGUUCGUCGCCUGCUCGAUCGCAAAAAUUAA